AUGCAGCAGCAGGCAGCUAUCAAGACCUCACUCACCACCCCAAAAUCCAAAGCUACCGUCCGCAGUGAUGCUUACAAAGCGAUCAUGUCGAAGUCAUGGGCAUCGACACUGAGGUUACCUAAAUCUACCUUUCCACCGCGCCCGCUCCCGCAGUUCCAAGCCGACUACCUGCGCCGAUCCGCCGACGACUUUUACAAAUGGCAGUCCUCCAAUGAGUCGAGGCCCGGUUUCAUCCUGCAUGACGGUCCCCCGUACGCCAAUGGAGGCCUUCACGUCGGUCAUGCCUUGAACAAGAUCUUGAAGGACAUGAUCAACCGGGUCAAGGUCCAACAAGGCUACCGCAUACGCUACAGGCCUGGUUGGGAUUGCCAUGGCCUCCCCAUCGAGUUAAAGGCUGUCGGCACCUCUGGCGGCAAGGACAUGAGCGCCGUCGAGAUACGCAAGGCCGCUAGACAGCUCGCCUCUACUACGGUGCUGGAGCAGAUGGGCGGCUUCCAAUCAUACGGCGUCAUGGCCGACUGGGAUGCGCGAUGGACGACUAUGGACCCUGAUUUCGAAAUACGGCAGCUACGCCUGUUUCAGCAGAUGGUCCGUCGAGGCCUCAUCUACCGCAAGAGCAAGCCUGUAUACUGGUCACCGUCCUCGAGAACCGCGUUGGCUGAGGCCGAGCUGGAGUACAACGAGAAUCAUGUCUCGACGGCCGCUUACGUGCGAUACCCCAUCAUCGGCGGGCCGUCCUUGGGCGGGUUCUCGGGCCAGCUCUACGCCAUCAUCUGGACCACCACCCCCUGGACACUCCCGGCAAACAGGGCCAUUGCGAUCCACGACGAUCUCGAUUAUGCAGUCAUCUCUGUCAACGGAAGCGCCUAUCUUACUGCAGUUAGCCGUCUCGAAGCUGUUAAGGGUCUCUUCACCGAAGAGGAACCCCAGGUCGUGGUGGCGUCGAUGAAAGGCUCCGAACUAAAAGGGUUAAAGUACCGUAACAGACUGCAGGGCGCCCAAUCCGCUGCCCAACCCAUUAUCCACGCAGACUUUGUAUCGGACGACUCUGGAACCGGCUUGGUUCAUGUCGCUCCUGGCCAUGGCUUUGAGGACUACGAGGCUUGUGCAGAGCUCGGCAUCGACGCCUUCGCACCCAUCGAUGACGAGGGCAAUUUCACACGUGAAGCCUUCCCCGAUGCCCCCGAAAGGUUGACCGAGGCUUCUUCCAUCCUCAAGGGUGGCAGCAAGGCUGUCCUCGCCCUGAUCCAAGAUGACGUCUUGAACGCCGCAAAGUACAAGCACAAGUACCCCUAUGACUGGCGGACGAAGCAGCCCGUUGUCAUGAGGUCCACGGCCCAGUGGUUCGCCGACGUCGGCAGCAUCAAGGACGAUGCCAUCAACGCGUUGAAGGAAGUCAAGUUCGUGCCGCCUUCGGGGCGCACCCGCCUCGAGAGCUUCGUCGUCGGCCGCAGCGAGUGGUGCAUCUCGCGUCAGCGGGCCUGGGGAGUGCCCAUUCCUGCUCUGUACGAUGUCAAUGGAGAUGCUGUGGUGACAGAGGAAUCUGUCGACCACAUCAUCUCCGUCAUCCAGCAGCGCGGCAUCGACGCCUGGUUCUCCGAUGCUCCUGAUGAACCUGCCUGGUUCGCCCCGUCUCUCAAGGGGCAAUACCGCCGGGGCACCGAUACCAUGGAUGUCUGGUUUGACAGCGGAAGCAGCUGGACCGAAAGCCGCGGACAAGCCGACGUCUACCUCGAAGGAUCUGACCAGCAUCGCGGCUGGUUCCAGUCCAGUCUGCUGUCCUACGUCGCCGCCCAAAGAGCUGAGAGCGACGGGGCAUCUCAGGCGCAGCCCAAACCCCCGUUCAAGACACUCAUCACGCACGGCUUCACCUUGGAUCAGGCCGGCAAGAAGAUGUCAAAGUCGAUUGGCAACACCAUCACGCCUGCCCAAAUCAUGGACGGCACCUUGCUGCCCCCGAUCAAGGUCAGGGGCAAGGACAAGAAAGCCGGCGCGGGCCCGACAUACGAAGCCUUGGGCCCGGACGCGCUCCGUCUGUGGGCCGCCAGCUCCGAGUAUACCAGGGACGUCGCCAUCGGCCAGUCGGUCCUGAAGUCGGUCCACACGAUCUUGGUCAAGUACCGCACCAUCAUCAAGAUGCUGACCGGCUCGAUGCACGAGUCGGCCCGUACCGCUCCGGCUACGGCCCUGGACCACAUCGCGCUCGUGCAACUGAAGGACGUCAUGGAGGAAGUCCACAGGGCGUUCGCGGCGCACGAGUUUUACAAGGCCUUCAACGCCCUGAAUCGCUGGGUCGCCAACGACCUGUCGGCCUUUUACCUGGAGGCCAUGAAGGACCGCCUCUACUGUGGUGACGGCGGCGGCGUCCUGGAGCCCAUAUUCUUGGGCUUCCUCCGGAUGCUGUCGCCUAUGACGCCCCUUCUGGUCGAGGAGGCAUGGGAUCAUCGUCCCGACUACAUGAAGGCGGACAGCACUAUCCUCCACCCUCUCUACACCCCGCGCGACGCGCCAAUUCACGACCGCGCCCCAUCAGCUAUCGGAGAGGCAUCCAUCCGCAGGGACCUCCCCGUGCUCAUGUCCGUCUCCGGCGCCGUCAAGGCGGCCCUUGAGAAGGGCCGCCUGGCCAAGGUCCUCGGGUCGUCGCUGCAGUCCUUGGUCGUCGUGACCACCGAGGACCAGGCGGUCGCCGGCGUGCUGGGCAAGUACGGCGACGAGCUGGAGGCCAUGUUCGUCGUGUCGUCCGUCGAGACGAACGCGGAGAUCCCCUCCGAGAGCGAGUGGCGCUACGAUGAGGCAUUCGAGGUCAACGGCGCCAAGGGAACCGUGUCCGUGCUGCCGCCGAAGGAGCACAAGUGCUCUCGGUGCUGGCGGUAUAUCGCGCCCAAGGAGGACGCGUUGUGCGGCCGCUGCGAGGAUGCUGUAUCUGACUUGUAA